GUGGGCCCUACGGCAGCUGCAUUGGGCCAGAAAGAGUCCUGUUUCGGCGCCGGCCGGGCGGUGGGGAAUGAAUGGGCGCUGAGCUGAGGGCGCGCGGGCUCUCGGGACUGGCCUGAGGUGGGCAGGCGGCCGCGGCAUGGAGGACGACGCGCCCGUGAUCUACGGGCUGGAGUUCCAGGCACGCGCCCUCAGCCCGCAGACCGCGGAGACGGACGCCAUCCGGUUCCUGGUCGGGACGCAGUCUCUCAAGUACGACAACCAGGUCCACAUCAUCGACUUCGACGACGAGAACAACGUCAUCAACAAGAACGUCCUGCUGCACCAGGCGGGCGAGGUCUGGCACAUCAGCGCGAGCCCCGCGGACAAGGGCGUGCUGGCCACCUGCUACAGCAAGACUGCAGACAGCCGAGUCCAGCGCUGCGCCGCCGUGUGGAGGAUGCCGGAGGAGUCGGAGCCGGGCAGCCACGAGUCCCCCGACGACUCGGCGAGCACUGCGCACGCGCUGGAGCUGCUCUGUGACCUCGACCACACGGCGCACGGGAGCACGGCCUGCGUCGCGUGGGAGCCCACGGGGGAUGGGAGCCGAGUCAUGUCGCUGGCGGACAACCACAUCCUGCUGUGGGACCUGCAGGCGAGCUCCCGCCGGGCCACGCUGGCCAGCUCGGCCUCCCUGGAGGGGAAAGGGCAGCUGAAGUUCACCUCGGGGCGCUGGAGCCCGCAUCACAACUGCACCCAGGUGGCCACGGCGAACGACACGGCCGUGCGAGGCUGGGACACGCGGACCAUGAGCCAGAUCUACUGCAUCGAGAAUGCCCACGGGCAGCUGGUGCGGGACCUGGACUUCAACCCCAACAAGCAGUACUACCUGGCCAGCUGCGGGGACGACUGCAAGGUCAAGUUCUGGGACACCCGCAGCGUCGCCGAGCCUGUGAGGACCCUGGAGGAGCACUCCCACUGGGUGUGGAACGUCCGCUACAACCACUCGCACGACCAGCUCGUCCUCACGGGCAGCAGUGACAGCCGGGUCAUCCUCUCCAACAUGGUAUCCAUCUCGUCCGAGCCCUUCGGCCACCUGGUGGACGACGACGACCUGAGCGACCAGGAGGAGCGCCGUCCGGAGGACAGGAGCCAGGAGCCCCCACAGGAUGGCGCCAUCGCCACCUACGAGGAGCACGAGGACAGCGUGUACGCCGUGGACUGGUCCGCGGCCGACCCCUGGCUCUUCGCCUCGCUGAGCUACGACGGGAGGCUGGUGAUCAACCGCGUGCCGCGGGCGCUGAAGUACCACAUCCUGCUCUGACCGUGCCCGGCGCCCGGGGGACUGCGCUGACCCUGUGCCCACCCUGCGCUCUCAGUGGGGAGGGGGCUGGUGCUGGGCCCCGGGCCCGUCGCGUCGCCGAGCAGGGAGCUGUGAGCCUCCAGCCGCCGCCGCGUGACCCCACGAGCCCCGCCUCCGCUCACUGUCCUUCUCUCUGUUAAGGACGUUGGGGGUUUGUUUUACAUAAAAAGACCUUGUUUCCAUCAUGUUAACUCAUUUUUCUCCUGAGAGUGAAACUGAAAUAAAGCAGUAGGGCCUUA